AUGGCGAUGGCAACGAAGUCCUGGGGAGUUGAGGAAGUUUCCAGUUGGUUGACCCAAGUUGGGUUUCCUCAACUGGUGGAUGGCUUCCGUGAACAGGAAGUCGAUGGAGAGGUUCUGCUUCAGCUGACGACCGAAGAUUUGAAAGAUGAGUUCCACAUGAAGUUGGGUGAACGAAAAAAACUUAUGGAGCGCAUCGAGAACUUGAAAGAGAAGGAACACUUUUCCUCAAGUUCGACGGCGUCAGAGAGCCAACCAGGUGCUUCGCGUCUACCAAGUGUUGAGCCAAGCAGGUCUGGGACGCCGUGCACACCGGAGUUGGAGAAGCUGUACUUGCUGGAUGGCCGCAACAUCGCCUGUCAAGGAGGCGAAAGUUUUGACAAGCCGAACUUGAAGAAGCUCAUCACAACGAUGAAUUGGCACAUGGAACAGCGUCCAGACUGGAAAGUCGUGACGUUUGUUUAUGAGGCCCUCAUGGAACAGUGGAAGUCCGAGUACCCAGAGGAGACCAAGCACUUGGAGCGUUUGACGGUGACUCCACGACGCGAAGAUGUGGAUAAGUUCAUUAUCCGAAAAGCCGUGGAUGCUGCCAAAAGCGGAUGCCUCGUGAAGAUUGUCUCUAACGACAAUUUUCGGGACUACAUUGGCGAAGUGACUGACUUUCAGUUCUCAGAAGAUUGGGUGCGCGAACAUGUCAUCAAGUUCUGCUUCUCGGCCGGAUCGGAAGAGUUCAUCCCAGCCGAUGGCUUCGGGGAGUUGCCAUUGGAUGUCCAAAGUGAAAUUGAAGCGCCUCCAAGGAGGGACGUGGCCGAGACGCCUCCCGAUGGUUUGCCAAUGCUACUGACUGGCAGGGGCGCGAAGUUCCCAACGCAAAUGCAGAUGGCACCUGGUGUGGAAGAGGUCCGCUGCCCACACAAGCGGUGCUCUUUGCGCAUGGAAAUCCUUCAGCGAUCGGCCAAUCAUUCCUACACCAUUCGAAUCACUGGGCUGGAAGCACCUGCCUCACGCGCCAAGCAACCAAUUGUCCCAGUCACAUCCACGAGAAAAGUCAGCAGGAGCUGGUGUCCUACCUGUGCCAAGCCUUUGGAAUUCCGAAAUGAAGCUUGCACAGCCACAGCUGACCCACAGGCUCAACGUCCACGAGGAAGAGGCUAUGCUUUUGUAGCCGUGCUCUUUGGACCAAAUGAAGAUAUGCUCCAACGUUUCGUGCUAGGAGCUCUCGUUUUGGGACGUUCGUUGAAAGCCAACUCAACCAGUUUCGAUUUGGUGCUUCUACACACCGCAGAUGUCAUGGGAGUGCCUGGGGCGGGCCUUCUGGAGGUCUUUUGGAAAACCCGUGAGGUGGACUACGUGGAGGUGAACCCGAAGCUCAUUCGCCGAAGUGAGGAUCGUUUCCGGCAUGUCUUCACCAAGUUGCAGUGCUUUGGCUGCGAUGACUAUGAGAAGAUUGUUUUAGUGGACAUUGAUCUCCUGGUGCGUGACAACAUCGAUGAAGUGAACGGAUUCAAGCCACCUUGUGCCUUGCGAAGGGGUCACAAGAGUCUGCCAUCAAAUGUCGAUGUGUCUUUGUCCUGCUAUGACCGUCAUGGAGAGCAAAAGUUUGGCAUGAACCUCGGAGUGGCUGUGCUGAAGCCGAGCCGCGAGGAGUUGCAAAAGAUGUUGAACUCGGUGCAAAGCCGAGAUCCGAUGCAUGAAGCUUGUAAUGGUCCCGAGCAAGAUUUCUUGAGUCGUUGGUUCAAGAACUGGACCUCAAUGAAUUUGAAAUACAAUUACCAGCUCCACCAGUUGGCCAAUUCCUUGGAGCAUGAAGGCCCUGAAGCAGAGCGUCUCCAAGUGAAACUCGAAAAUGUGAAGGUCUUGCAUUACAGUGGCCAGGUGAAGCCAUGGGAUUUUUACUUUCACAAAGAGAAAGAGAUGAAAGAGGAAUUGCUGAGUUUCUCUUCCUUUUGCGAUGAGAAGUUGCUGCCCGCAUACAAAGCAAGAGGGGAAGAUUUCGAGCACAAGAUCCGGCAAGCAGCACUGGAAUGGAAGGAACAAUGCAAGGCCAUGUGGCAACAUGUGCUCGCGCAAAUAGAUUGCAAGUUGUGCAAACUCUGUGGAGAGUCGGUCUCGGAGGUCUCGGAGAUACAGCUUGAACAUUGCUUCCUGUUAUGCCCAGCCAUCAGUGAUCUUAGAGAGGCUGAGUUGACUCGGUUGACUGUGGAAGACGUAAAGUACCCAGAGCCACACGAAUUCCGAAGAGUCCUGGCCUUCGUGGCCAGUGUUCUGGAACGCCACCGAUGGCAGGCUGACUUGGAAAAGGCUGAGAGCUCUGACCAGGAGAGAGAUGAGAGAGAGAAGAACGAGAAGAACGAGAAGAACGAGAAGUACGAGACCAAACAGGAGGAAAAGAACACAAUUGAGGAGAAGAACAGGAUUGCAGAAGGUCAACAAAGGCACAAGCCACAAGCUCCGCAAUCUCUGAUCUCCACAGCUUCCACAGCUUCCACUGCCCAACAAAAAGAACAGGAAGCAGUGCACAGCAAAACUCUUCAUCUGGUCUUAUACCCCAAGGGCCCCAAGGGCCCCAAGGGCCCCAAGAAGUACGACGAUUCGCCUCUGGGUCGAUUCAGAGACAAGAUCCUGCAGGAGGUGGCUGCGAACCGUGUCACGAUCAUCGUGGCCCCCACAGGCUGUGGCAAGAGCACCCGAAUUCCGCAGAUGAUUCUCGAUGAGGACCCAGCAGAGCGCUACAUCUUGGUGACGCAGCCCCGCCGCGUCGCUGCGACGAGCCUUGCACGCCGAGUGGCUUCUGAUAGAGGAGUUGCUCUUGGAACCGAAGUCGGUUACAAGAUUGGAGGUUGCAGUGAGGUGAGUCGAUCUGGUCGCACUCGGCUGAUCUUCGCGACAACUGCCAUUGCCAUGAUCCAGUGCCUUCAGGAUUGCUCCUCAUUCACCCAUUUGAUUAUUGAUGAAGUUCACAUCAGAGAUGCGCACAUUGAUUUCCUGUUGAGUUUGGUGGUCACCCGUGUCCUGAAAGACAACAAGAAGGUGAAGGUCAUUUUGAUGUCAGCUGCCAUGGACAGCAACACAAUCGCACGCUACUUCUCACAGGUUCUGGAUGGUGCCAUCCCACGGCCGUUGGACUUGGAGCAAUGUCGACAGUUCAAGCUCUCCAUCAAAUACCUCGAUGACGAACCCUUCUUCAAACAGCGUGGAAUCCAUCGACGUGGAUUGGAUGGAGGUUGGGAUGUCUUUGGGCUUCCAGCAGACUGGUCACAAGAGGAGGUCGCGGAUUUGUAUGCUGAGUAUAUCCGCACUUGUCAUGAAGAACGGUCAGGGCAGAAGGAUUUGGCAUCAUUCCUAGUGUUCUUGCCAGGCAAAAGAGAGUUACAACUGCUGUGGGAGAGGUUGGAUGAGGUUCGCAAUCUCAAGGUGAAGUGCAUUUUCGGCGGGCAAACCAUUGAAGAGCAGGAAAGAGUGUUGUCGGAAUCGCAGGAUCUGCAGGAGAGAACUGUGAUUCUGGGCACUGAUGUGAUUGAAUCCUCCGUCACCAUUCCAGACGUGGACUUGGUCAUUGACACCUGUGAGCAAAAACGCCUCCGCUGGGAUGGAGGAAAGAACCAAAGUUUGCUGACCUUGAUUUUAGUGAGCAAAGAUGAGGCCAAGCAACGCUCUGGAAGAACUGGACGAGUACGUGAUGGUGAAGUUAUUCGUUUGAUUAGCAAAGAGUGCUUUGACAGGUUGCAGCCUCAUGCCGAGCCGCAGAUCAAGCACAGCAGGUUGGAAGACCUGCUCUUGUCCCUCUUCGAAUUGCCCAACCUGGGGGACCCACGUGAGUUUCUCCAGAAGAUGCCGGAUGCGCCUGACAAAACCCGAGUGAACCAAGCCAUCACCAGACUGAUGGAGCUCAACGCCUUGGCUAAGCAGAAAGGCCACCAGCCGAAGCCGACCUUCUUUGGACGAUUUUUGCAGAAGAUGCCCCUGGAUCCUGACGCGGGUUUCCUGGUGAUGAGCGGGGUUCGGCUGCAGCUGGUUCAGGAAUGUGCCAUCUUAGCGGCUGUUCACCAACGGGGAGACCCUUUCUUGGACGGCAUGAAUCUGAGCCCCGAGGAAGUGAAGAGUCUCUGGGAGGUGCGCGAUGCCUGCAGCCCAGGCCGUGCCAGAGGUCGAGAUCGUCAGUUGCCCGGAGACCUGAUGGCUGGGUUCGGGGCCUACAAAGCCUGGCAAGCUCAAGUGAAGAAUCAAACCAGCAGAGGCUGGAGUUGGAGUAUCCAAGAUGAAGCACGUUGGUGUGGUGAGCAUUUCUUGAGCCUUGAGAGGUUACUUGAAUUAGAGGAGAUGGUGGUGCAGAUCCGCGAUGUCUUGGAAGAGCUGGGCUACGCUUCUAGCCUUUCCCCGGUAGACAAAGAACGAGUGAGACAGAGGAGGCAGGAAAAGGUGAGCACCACAGUGGCGCGAAUUCAUCCACGUAUAGGUGCAGCCCAGGACUUGUGGCGUCUUUUGCACGAACAGCAAGAUCGCAACACUGAGCUCAUGUUGGCUUGGUGCAUCGCAUCCAGCUUCACUAGUGGCUUAAUCGAAGUCAAGAACGGCUCCAGCACAGAGCAGCUGAAGUACAAGGGGAAGAAAGGGCGCUCACAUGAGAUUGGAGCUGUCUUGAAGCAUCAAGGAUUCCAGGUGAAUCAUGUGCAGAUUUUGCUGAAAGGUGACGUGCAAGUGAGCUUUCAGAGCCCCGAGGAAGCCCACAAAGCUCAUCAAGUCGCAGCGCUGCUGAACAAUUCUAUGCUGCCGUGGAAAGCCUGCGAUCCAUGGGGUAGGGAGAAGACUUCUGUCACAGCUGGAAUCCUCUACCUGGCUGCACAGUUGAGGUACUUCUGCACCAAGUGUAGCACUGCUGGGGUUUGGAUCAUCAGCACUAUGAUCCACGGAGAACGCCAAGAUGAGAAGUACUCUGCACCCCCACAGAAGGUUGAGGAGUUGCUGGACAGCAUCCGGAAGAAGAUGGACACAGAAUUUGGUUUGAAUCCGCAACAAAGGUGGCUGCAAUUGAGGAUGGAUGGAGAGCAGUUUGUAGAAGCAGCUGGGAACAUCUGGAAAAAGGAGGUGGCUGCGAACCGUGUCACGAUCAUCGUGGCCCCCACAGGCUGUGGCAAGAGCACCCGAAUUCCGCAGAUGAUUCUCGAUGAGGACCCAGCAGAGCGCUACAUCUUGGUGACGCAGCCCCGCCGCGUCGCUGCGACGAGCCUUGCACGCCGAGUGGCUUCUGAUAGAGGAGUUGCUCUUGGAACCGAAGUCGGUUACAAGAUUGGAGGUUGCAGUGAGGUGAGUCGAUCUGGUCGCACUCGGCUGAUCUUCGCGACAACUGCCAUUGCCAUGAUCCAGUGCCUUCAGGAUUGCUCCUCAUUCACCCAUUUGAUUAUUGAUGAAGUUCACAUCAGAGAUGCGCACAUUGAUUUCCUGUUGAGUUUGGUGGUCACCCGUGUCCUGAAAGACAACAAGAAGGUGAAGGUCAUUUUGAUGUCAGCUGCCAUGGACAGCAACACAAUCGCACGCUACUUCUCACAGGUUCUGGAUGGUGCCAUCCCACGGCCGUUGGACUUGGAGCAAUGUCGACAGUUCAAGCUCUCCAUCAAAUACCUCGAUGACGAACCCUUCUUCAAACAGCGUGGAAUCCAUCGACGUGGAUUGGAUGGAGGUUGGGAUGUCUUUGGGCUUCCAGCAGACUGGUCACAAGAGGAGGUCGCGGAUUUGUAUGCUGAGUAUAUCCGCACUUGUCAUGAAGAACGGUCAGGGCAGAAGGAUUUGGCAUCAUUCCUAGUGUUCUUGCCAGGCAAAAGAGAGUUACAACUGCUGUGGGAGAGGUUGGAUGAGGUUCGCAAUCUCAAGGUGAAGUGCAUUUUCGGCGGGCAAACCAUUGAAGAGCAGGAAAGAGUGUUGUCGGAAUCGCAGGAUCUGCAGGAGAGAACUGUGAUUCUGGGCACUGAUGUGAUUGAAUCCUCCGUCACCAUUCCAGACGUGGACUUGGUCAUUGACACCUGUGAGCAAAAACGCCUCCGCUGGGAUGGAGGAAAGAACCAAAGUUUGCUGACCUUGAUUUUAGUGAGCAAAGAUGAGGCCAAGCAACGCUCUGGAAGAACUGGACGAGUACGUGAUGGUGAAGUUAUUCGUUUGAUUAGCAAAGAGUGCUUUGACAGGUUGCAGCCUCAUGCCGAGCCGCAGAUCAAGCACAGCAGGUUGGAAGACCUGCUCUUGUCCCUCUUCGAAUUGCCCAACCUGGGGGACCCACGUGAGUUUCUCCAGAAGAUGCCGGAUGCGCCUGACAAAACCCGAGUGAACCAAGCCAUCACCAGACUGAUGGAGCUCAACGCCUUGGCUAAGCAGAAAGGCCACCAGCCGAAGCCGACCUUCUUUGGACGAUUUUUGCAGAAGAUGCCCCUGGAUCCUGACGCGGGUUUCCUGGUGAUGAGCGGGGUUCGGCUGCAGCUGGUUCAGGAAUGUGCCAUCUUAGCGGCUGUUCACCAACGGGGAGACCCUUUCUUGGACGGCAUGAAUCUGAGCCCCGAGGAAGUGAAGAGUCUCUGGGAGGUGCGCGAUGCCUGCAGCCCAGGCCGUGCCAGAGGUCGAGAUCGUCAGUUGCCCGGAGACCUGAUGGCUGGGUUCGGGGCCUACAAAGCCUGGCAAGCUCAAGUGAAGAAUCAAACCAGCAGAGGCUGGAGUUGGAGUAUCCAAGAUGAAGCACGUUGGUGUGGUGAGCAUUUCUUGAGCCUUGAGAGGUUACUUGAAUUAGAGGAGAUGGUGGUGCAGAUCCGCGAUGUCUUGGAAGAGCUGGGCUACGCUUCUAGCCUUUCCCCGGUAGACAAAGAACGAGUGAGACAGAGGAGGCAGGAAAAGGUGAGCACCACAGUGGCGCGAAUUCAUCCACGUAUAGGUGCAGCCCAGGACUUGUGGCGUCUUUUGCACGAACAGCAAGAUCGCAACACUGAGCUCAUGUUGGCUUGGUGCAUCGCAUCCAGCUUCACUAGUGGCUUAAUCGAAGUCAAGAACGGCUCCAGCACAGAGCAGCUGAAGUACAAGGGGAAGAAAGGGCGCUCACAUGAGAUUGGAGCUGUCUUGAAGCGUCAAGGAUUCCAGGUGAAUCAUGUGCAGAUUUUGCUGAAAGGUGACGUGCAAGUGAGCUUUCAGAGCCCCGAGGAAGCCCACAAAGCUCAUCAAGUCGCAGCGCUGCUGAACAAUUCUAUGCUGCCGUGGAAAGCCUGCGAUCCAUGGGGUAGGCCGCAGCAACGCACAUCCAUGCACCCCAGGCAAUGCUACAAUAAUGGACCUCCCAUCAAGAUUCUUCCAUCAUCGCAAGCAUGGCUGCCCACCACGGAAGAUGCAGUACUUGUAGCUGGUGACGUUCUUCCAAUCCUGAACCACAAGCGAACUUCGAUGACGUACUUCUGCACCAAGUGUAGCACUGUGCCCACUGGUAUCAUACCAUUCAUCCUGUGCGCGACCUACCCUGCGGCAACCGUCACUAAGCAGGCUGGGGUUUGGAUCAUCAGCACUAUGAUCCACGGAGAACGCCAAGAUGAGAAGUACUCUGCACCCCCACAGAAGGUUGAGGAGUUGCUGGACAGCAUCCGGAAGAAGAUGGACACAGAAUUUGGUUUGAAUCCGCAACAAAGGCAGCGCAUUGUUGAGGAGAGGAGGGCAAAUGUACUUGAACUUAUGAAGCUGUUGGAUCAGCCAUUCUCAAAGCCUCCAAUGCGAUCGUUGGAUCCAAAGCAGGGUACAGCAGCGCGCAUGCGAGGUCCAAACUUCGCCAUGGAUGCAGAGAUUUCAUCCCUCUUCGAUUUGUUGACAAAUAAUUUGGACAAUUUCCGCUUGUAA